GUGUCGACUUUAGUCAGGGUGCAAAAGUUGUUUGGUGUGUUGAAGGGUCUGACUGGUUUCUUGGAACUGGUUCUGCGAAUUUUUCAGUUGUGUGAAUGGGAUUUUUUAGUUAUAUGGUUACAGGGCAGUCGUGCUGCAAACUUGACAGUGUCUCCCAAAAUUUAUUCAUUUUGGACAUUUCCAAUUAGUUUUUGUAAGUUUAGGGCGAUAAGGUGUGGAGAAAAAGUAGUGAUAUGAUGUAUAUAAUAGUUCACAAACAUAACAAAAAAAGAGCACGCUGAAUUAAAAGGGAAUGAGUGUCGCUGGUAAGUGGAGGUGUCUGGAACGCUUCGUCUAUGGCAGAUCCAGCUAACGCAAACGCUGCUGCCAGCACAAGCCGCCGCAAGCGUGUGCUGCCCCCGCAGCCACGUCCUGAGGCCAAGCGCCUUCGAACACAAAAAGAAGAAGACUCGAAAACUAGACAUUCUCGCAGAAAGAUAUCAUCACCCAACGUGGACAACACUGAAAUCGAUCUGGCUGAUAAUAAACACCCUCACAGAAAAGCAACCCAUAGAACCCCAAAAACAAAUAAAAACGAGUUUACAGCACCAUCGACCUCUAAACAAUUACGGAACAAACAAGUUAUUCCAUCGACAUCUAGAACUUCAAGAUCUCAUCCUGACAUUUUUGAGUUAGAACUACCUGAGGUUACUAGACAGAGACGCAACUUCAAGAAAAGCGAAGUCAUAAAUCAUAGACAUAACAAUAUUGAUAACUUGAAAAGUGAUCCAGAACCUUCAUCAAGCUCAGUAGAUAGUUUCAAUACCGAAGCAAGUACUUCAAAGUCAUCUACUUCUUCUAAACAUAAGUUAAAGAAAUUUAGGAAAAGCUCAAGUUCUCCUACAUCCUACACAGGGGAAUCAGAGGAUCAGUGGGACACAGCUGAAAAGUCCGAUACAUCACAUAGGUUAGGAAAACUCCGAAUUAGAUAUAAAUUGGAUAUUAAAGAUUCCGUUAAACAGAAGCAUAACCAUAAACGUUCAGAUCGCAGCAGAAAUAAAAACGAGUUAAACUGCAAUCACAAAAAGUACGAGGUAGAUCCGACGAAUUCAGACGAUAGUUCCGAAAGACAAUCGCACGUGCAUAAGUAUCCGCUUCGAAGUCAUAGUCGCAGUUUGAUUCAACAAAAUUCCGAAUCUGGUUACUCUCACUCAAGAAAAUCGACAUCAGAACGAGGAAAACGUGAACUCGUAGCGCUGGGGGCGACGAGCAGCCAGCCAACUACUCGCGAGGAGCAAGAGCCCUCACGGCUUACGCGGAGUGGAGCAGUGCUGAGACGCAGCACGCGAAAUAGCAAAGCGCACAGCUCAACAACGGGUUCCUGUGCAAGCUCGAGCGGCGCAAGUGGCAGCGGCAGCAGCUCGAGACGAGCAGCGAGGCAGCAUAAGGUAGGGGCGGCUGCUCCGGCUCUCCUUACGGCCCCUGCCACUCACGCUGCCGCAGCCAUGGCCGCCGAUCAACCAGAUUUGCCUAACAAUGGCCUAUCAGUUUCUGAGGAACCACCUUCUCCUCAAGAAGCCACCCAGGCAAUGCCAUCAAGUGGAGGGCCAUCUGGACCUGGAGCAGAUUCAGAAAGUGACGACAGUGAAGUAGGACGCUUACAAGCCCUGUUAGAAGCAAGAGGUCUUCCUCCUCAUUUAUUUGGAGCUUUAGGUCCGCGCAUGCAGCAUCUAUUACAUAGAAGUAUGGGAUCUAAUAGUUCUGUUGCCAGAGCACAAGCGCUGAUACCAGGUUUACAAGCUACAGGGGACGAAGGGCAACAACUUCAAGCCGUCAUUGAGAUGUGUCAAGUGCUGGUUAUGGGUAAUGAAGAAAUACUUACAGGCUUCCCAGUUAAACCAGUUGUUCAAGCGCUCAUUACGCUAUUAGGAAUGGAACACAAUUUCGAUAUUAUGAAUCAUGCCUGUCGUGCUCUUACGUAUAUGAUGGAAGCGCUUCCAAGAUCGUCUGCAAUUGUUGUAGAUGCUGUUCCUGUUUUUCUUGAAAAACUACAAGUUAUCCAGUGUAUGGAUGUUGCGGAACAAUCGUUAACAGCUUUGGACAUGUUAUCCCGGCGUCAUUCUAAGGCGAUUUUACAAGCGCGCGGCGUUUCGGCUUGCCUGAUGUUUUUGGAUUUUUUCUCGAUAAACGCCCAACGCAACGCUUUAUCCAUCACGGCCAAUUGCUGUCUGAACCUCACAAGUGAAGAGUUUCAGUAUGUCCAAGAAUCAUUACCACUACUGGCCAGUCGCCUUACACAACAAGACAAGAAAUGCGUCGAAAGUGUUUGCUUAGCUUUUUCAAGAUUAGUGGACAGUUUCCAGUUAGAGCCUGCCCGACUUCAAGAAAUUGCUAGUACUGAACUUCUCACCAACUUACAACAGCUCCUAGUUGUUACACCACCAGUCAUUAGCACCGGAACUUUCAUCACUGUCCUAAGGAUGUUGUCUGUGAUGUGCGCAAAUUGCCCUGAUUUAGCUUUGACUCUCCUUAAACAGAACAUAGCCGAAACAUUGCUUUAUCUGUUGACUGGUUCAGCAGAAGUGAAUCAGGACGAAGUUGAACUCAUUCCAAGGCAACCGCAAGAGCAGUUCGAAAUAACCGCCUUAAUCGGAGAGCUAAUGCCCAAGCUGCCGACAGAUGGUAUAUUCGCCGUAGACGCUUUGCUCGAACGUCCUUCAAACGUAGCUAAAGAUCAGCCCGUAUGGCAAUGGCGGGAUGACAGAGGCUUGUGGCACGCUUACGACGCGGUCGGCAGUCGAAUAAUCGAGGCAGCUCAUCUUAACGGUGACGACGAAGUGAGUUUGAACACCCUAGGACGGAUCUACACAAUCGACUUCCAUUCCAUGCAACAAAUUAACGAAGACACAGGGACGUCUAGACCGGUGCAAAGACGUUUUACGCCUACGAGUGUGCAAUCGGGUUCCGCCGAACCCUCGCAUUCGGGUAGUCGUCCGAAUUCGGCCAGUCGUGAUGCGCGCGUCGCUUGUCUCCGAGAGGAACGCGGGCUGGCGGCCGCGUUUAUACGGUCGUUGUUUUCGGUGUUAUAUGAAGUGUAUUCAUCUAGUGCCGGACCAGCUGUUAGAUGUAAGUGUUUGAAAGCCUUAUUGAGAAUGGUGUAUUAUGCCAGUCCUGAACUACUCAAAGACGUGUUAAAAAAUCAAGUUGUUAGUAGUCAUAUCGCCGGUAUGAUGGCUUCUAGUGAUUUAAGAAUCGUUGUUGGUGCCUUGCAAAUGGCUGAAAUUCUUAUGAAUAAGUUACCUGAAGAAUUCGGUGUGCAUUUCAGGAGAGAAGGGGUCAUUCAUCAGAUCAAUCGACUUGCUGAUCCUGAGAUUCCGUUAGGUGUUAGUCCUCCAAAAUCGAGUUGUAGUGCAACAUCGUUCGCUUCGACUUUAAAUGAAACCCAACCGGGAACUUCUCAGCCUUCAAGUAGUUCCAGUCAUAUCGCAAACGGUUCCGCCGCUAGUUCUCACCUCAGUACACCUUUAACUUCUUCAAUAUACACGUCGACACCAGACACCCAGCGUGUUCAAGAAGCGGAUGCUCGAUCACCUAGUCCGUCACACGUACGUUUAAGUGACGUAUUGAAACGUAAGCGAGUACCAAAAAGAUCUGGAGUAUCUAGCCGCUCGAAAACUCGCCACGAAGACUUGCCUCUGUCGCCAUCUUUGAUGCAGGACUUGUUUACAAAGGCAGCGUCUUUAGGUAACUCUACGCCGAGCAAUUCGUCAAGACCAAGGUAUUCUGGUUCGAGUUCCAAAACUAGUUUCCUUCAAAGUCUCAAUCCAGCUAGAUGGGGACGGACGAUGAAUUCUUCACAUGAUCGCAGUUACAGUAAAGAUACUUUAAACAGUUUGACGAAGUCAGCGUCGAAUUCACACAUUACAGCGGGUAAUAGGGAAAAAACACGAACUUGGGUACGAGAUCAGGCUUCCAAGUUUAUAGAAACCUAUUCGGCCAACGAAGAGGAUCAUCAUCCUGCAACAAAUGUAAUCAAUCGAUUAAAAAUGGCCAUCGAAAAACUCUCCACAAUCAGAUGUGGCGAAGCUUUGAAAGAACUGCGCGAAAUCCUGAUAGAAUCCGAUGUGUCACCUUUCGAAGUGAACUAUUCUGGUCUUAUCAAAUCAUUACUGGUAUAUCUAGCUGAAGUUGAUGGUCCGUUCGACCGAGACCAGAGGUUGAGAAUUAUGUUGCAUGUAUUUGCUGGUUGUCCUCUUGAAACCAGUGUGACAACUGUGCACGAGUUGAACUCGACGUGGAUGAGCGCACUUGUAUCUAAGCUAAAUGGAUGUGUUUCUCAGUUGGAACAGUUUCCUGUUAAAGUUCAUGACUUGCCUGCAAGUUCGGGCGCUGGACGUGGAGGAACUAGUGCUCUUAAAUUUUUCAAUACGCAUCAGUUAAAGUGCAAUUUACAAAGACAUCCCGACUGUACAAAUUUGAAGCAGUGGAAGGGCGGCACGGUUAAAAUUGACCCUUUGGCGUUGGUACAAGCAAUUGAACGUUAUCUAGUAGUCCGCGGUUAUGGACGUUUACGUGAUAAAGACAGUGCCGAUAGUGAUGAUGGCGACUCCGAUGAUGAUAUUGAUGAUACGUUAGCAGGAGUUGUCAUAUCACAGUCAGGAGCUAGGCAUAAGUUACAAUUUUUAAUAGGCAACAAUGUUUUACCUUAUAAUAUGACUGUGUACCAAGCAGUACGUCAGUUUAGUAAUAAUGGCAAUGACCAAAGCGAAACAGACACAGACAAUGAAACUCCGUUAGGUAAUGUUGGUAUUUGGGUCCAAACACAUGUAAUAUAUUAUCGCCCUCUAAAAGAAGAUCCUGCUUCCUCAAGUAAACUUAGUUCGUCUAGUGGUACUUCUUCAAGUCACUCAAGUCGUAAAGGGAAAGGAUCCUCAAGUAAAAGCACAUCGAGACGGAAAGGAGAUGAUUUGUGGAACGAAGGAUUAACACCGCUUGCUCACUCUCCUUUGACUCCCUUCCUGAGCACCCAACUUCCAGAAUCAGUCACUAUUCAAGAUGCCUCCUUAGAAGUCCUCUGCCUGUUAAGAAUUCUAAACGCCCUCAAUCGUUAUUGGAGCACCUUAUACCCAUCCAUUGAAUACAGACCCAUAAUCCCCCCAACAGAAUUUCUCAAUAGUAAAAUAGCAGCCAAAGCAAACCGACAACUCCAAGAUCCUUUAGUCAUAAUGACCGGCAAUUUACCAAAUUGGCUACAACAAAUCGCUUCAGUUUGCCCUUUCUUGUUCCCGUUCGAGACAAGGCAGCUAUUGUUCUACGCCACCUCGUUUGAUAGAGACAGAGCUCUCCAGCGCUUGCUUGAUAUGUCGCCCGAGUUAAGUUCAAGUGACUCCCAAGAACGUGUAACGCCACGAUUGGAUCGACGAAAGCGCACCAUAUCUCGAGUAGAUAUUUUAAAGCAAGCUGAACAGGUCAUGCAAGAUUUAGCUACGUCGAAGGCACUUUUGGAAGUACAAUAUGAAAACGAAGUAGGGACAGGUUUGGGACCGACUUUGGAGUUUUACGCUCUUGUUUCUAAGGAACUGCAAAAGAGCAAUUUAGAGUUAUGGAAUGCACCGGAUUCAGAAAGUAGCGAAUAUGUUAACUGUCCCUCUGGAUUAUUCCCGUGUCCUUUGCCGAGAGGUGCAAAGGUUGGACAGAUAACGAAAGUCAAGAGCAAGUUCCGGUUUUUGGGGAAGUUUAUGGCCAAGGCAGUUAUGGAUUCGCGGAUGUUGGAUCUUCCAUUUUCAAUAUCUUUCUACCGAUGGUUGUUGGGACAAGAACACUGUCUAAUUCUCGCAGAUCUCAAAUAUGUAUCACCCGAUAUAUAUAGAACUUUGAAGAAAAUGCACGAUAUUGUAAGAAAACGCGAUGCCAUAUUAGAUAAUUUCAACUUGACCUCAGAACAAAAGGAGGAAGAGGUGGAGAAAUUGGAAUUCGACGGUUGUCCAAUUGGUGAGCUUGGUAUAGAUUUUGUUCUUCCUGGCCAUAACGUAGAACUGAUGAAAAGUGGAAAAACUAUUCACGUUACAAUACACAAUUUGCAUCUCUAUGUGAAGUUGAUAACCCACUGGACUCUGAUAGAGGGUGUUAACCGUCAGAUGGAAGCAUUACGUGAGGGUUUCGAGUCUGUGUUUCCGUUACAAAAUCUACGUGUGUUCCAACCUGAAGAGCUGGAAGCUGUGUUCUGUGGAAGCCCUAGAGAUUCUAUCGCGGGUUGGGAUAUCAAGACUUUGAUGGAAUGUUGUAAACCGGAUCACGGAUACACGCAGGAUUCGAGAGCUAUCAGGUUCUUGUUUGAAGUUCUCAGCUCGUAUGAUAGAGAGGAGCAGAGGAUGUUUGUCCAGUUUUUGACUGGAAGCCCACGACUUCCCGUAGGAGGUUUCAAGGCUCUAUCGCCCCCUCUGACAGUAGUCCGGAAAACUUUGGAACCCAACAUGAACCCUGAUGAUUUCCUCCCGUCUGUGAUGACUUGUGUUAACUACCUCAAAUUACCUGACUAUACAAGCAUUGAAGUGAUGCGGUCGAAACUUCGUUUAGCUGCUUCUGAAGGACAACAUUCUUUCUAUUUGUCAUAAAAUUGUAAAGAGGUGUUUGAUAAAAUCGUGAACUCUAACUAGUGUAUUUUAUAUUAAAAAAGAGUUAGUCAUCAGUAAAAGUUCGAAUAUUUGAUAUUAUCUUCAAUGAGAUGCAGCCCCCAGUAGCGGGUGAAAGGUGUCCUUUAUUUACAUAAUUUUACUUUAUAUUAAUCACUGUUUAUUUCCGUGAUAUUAAAACGAUUUGUUUACUUUGAUAAUCGAUGUGUUUUUGUUAUAUUAAUAUAAUUUUAGAAAAUUGUUUAGAAUUUCGUGAGUGAUUGUGUAGGCACCUAUGGUAAAGUGUAAAGUGAAUAGUUUGGGGAACGACGGGGGCAACGACUGAGUGUGCAAUGAACAUGAGUGUAGUUCUAAGGUGUCACAACGAACAGUAAAACGUAACUAAUUUAAGGUCUAUUUGCCAAAUGUAUAGUUUACCGUUCUCACUCCUGAAGUGAAGUUAUUAACAAAAGUAGUUUUAAUUUACAGAUAUGUUUCAAUAAAUUUGUAUACAUAACCA